AUGAAAAAAAGAAUAGGUAUAGCGCCUUUCUUAAGAUGGCGCGCAAUGCGCCAUCACCGAGCCAUGUCGGGAGGGUUCUCCACGAGGAAUGAUUCCAAGUGUGGAACCCUCUUUUUGGCUCGUGGAAAAAGAGGGUUCCACACGUGGAACCAUUCCUCGUGGAGAACCCUUUCCCGACAUGGCCCGGUGAUGGUGCAUUGCGCGCCAUCUUAAGAAAGGCGCUAUAAAUUAAAACGAAGAAGUCAAAAAUUGUAUUGAUUUGGAUUAGACUCGGAACGCAAGCACGUUCAUAACUUUAUAGUUGCGAAUUCUUUCAAAAAUAGCUGAGCCUUGGUUGAUUUUAGCUGCAGAUAUCACAGAGGUGUUUUAAAAGCUGGCACUAAAAAUGAAAAAUUUUCAUUUACCUAA